AAAUUGCUUCCACUGCUCUGUUGUGACAGUAAGGUGACAGGACCCGUUGAUGAGAAACUGGUGUGAAGUCACAUAGACAGCGUGAAUUAAUGAAAGAAAACUUUUUUUCUCCCUUGGAACUUAUCUCCAUAAAGUCAUUGUGACUUUUCUUGAAGAUCAUCUGUUCACAAUGGCCUUUGAGGAGCUCCUGAAUGAAGCUGGUGGCAUGGGGAAAUUCCAGAUCCUUCAGCUGUUUUUAGUUCUCCCCCCUGUCAUGACAUUAGCCUGCCACAUACUGUUGGAGAACUUUACAGCGGCCAUUCCUGGUCAUCGUUGCUGGGUCCACAUUCUCGACAAUGACACUAUGUCUGAUAAUGCUACUGGGACCCUCAGCCCUGAUGUCCUCCUGAGAAUCUCCAUCCCCCUGGACUCAAACUUGAAGCCGGAGAAAUGUCGUCGCUUCCUCCACCCCCAGUGGCAGCUCCUUCACCUGAGUGGGACCUUCCCCAACGUGACUGAUCUGGACACGGAGCCCUGUGUGGACGGCUGGGUGUAUGACCAUAGCUUCUUCUCCUCCACCAUCGUGACGGAGUGGGACCUUGUAUGUGAUUAUCAGUCUCAGAAAUCAGUGGCUCAGUUCCUAUUCUUGGCUGGAAUGUUGGUGGGAGGCCUCAUAUACGGCCACUUCUCAGACAGGUUUGGCCGAAAGUUGAUUCUCAGAUGGUGUUUGCUUCAGCUCGCCAUCUCUGGGACCUGUGCAGCCUUUGCUCCCACCUUCCUCAUUUACUGUUUACUACGCUUCUGGUCAGGCUGUUCUGGUGCAAUCAUCAUUACGAAUAACUGGAUGCUCACUGUAGAAUGGACAAGGUCCCAGUCAAAAGCCAUGGUAAUAGCACUGAUAACCUCUGCCAUUAGUACUGGACAGAUAAUUCUGGGAGGACUAGCUUUUGCCUUUCGUGAAUGGCGCCCCCUGCAGCUGGUGAUAUCCAUACCUUUCUUUGUCUUCUUUGUCUCUUCAAGGUGGCUGGUGGAAUCUGCUCGAUGGCUGAUUAUAACCAAUAAACCAGAGGAGGGCUUAAAGGAACUUAAAAAAGUUGCACAUAGAAAUGGAAUAAAAAAUGAUGAAGCCACCCUGAACAUGGAGGGUUUGAGAGCUACCAUGCAGGAGGAGCUGGAGGCAGCACAGACCAAAACGACUCUAUUUGACUUGUUCCACACACCCAUCCUGCGUAGAAGGAUAUGUCUCCUGUUCUUUGUGAGAUUUGCAAGCAUAAUACCCUUUUAUGGCAUCUUUAUCAAUCUACAGUACUUUGGGAGCAACAUUUUCCUGUUCCAGGUCAUCUUUGGAGCUCUCACUGCCUUAGCCCGUUAUCUUGCCCUUUUAGCUCUGAAUCAUGUGGGUCGUCGACUAUCCCAGAUGUUUUUCACGUUCCUGCUGGGACUUUCCAUUUUGUGCAACACAUUUGUGCCGCAAGAAAUGCAGACCCUGCGUGUGACUUUGGCAAGUGUGGGAAUCACCUUUGCUGCUGCCUCCACCACCAGUUUUGCUGUCCACUAUGAUGAACUUGUCCCCACUGUCGUAAGGGCGAAAGCUUUGGGAUUAGAUAUAGUGGCCAGUAGGAGUGGGUCAUCAGUGGCUCCUCUCUUGAUGACCCUAGCGGUAUAUCUACCCACCUUGCCCUGGAUCAUCUAUGCAGUAAGUCCCAUCCUUGCUGGUCUUGUUGUCUUCUUCCUACCUGAAACCAGAAAUCUGCCUCUGUUUGAUACAAUCCAGGAUGUGCGAAAUAUGUGAGUAAACCUUCUAUCUAUCCCCUGGGAGGGAAUGUGUGAUUUGGAUUUGUGGGUGAGAUGGACAAAACUCCAAGUGGGUCCCUCAGAUCUCUGGAUGGCUGAGCCUUGCCUGGGAUGCUUCCACCCUGGGCCAUUGCCUUUCAUGAGUGGCAAGGCCAUUUCUACCCAUUGUGAGUUCUAGUCUAGGCUGCAGAGAGCCCCUCUCCCUGUUCUCAUGGGUAGUUUUAGUGCUGAAGAGACAAUAACUAGCUCUGUUGUGAGGGCACAUCCUACCUGCCCUCAUGAUGGUAUUUCAUGGUUUUCAAUCCAUAAGAGCCUGAGAUAUAUGGGAAAGAAACUGGAUAAUCAGUGAAGGAAUGUUAGGACAAUUGCAUAGAGUUACAGACACUAUUGAAAAGAUAAUAAAGAAAUAAAUCUUAUAUAUGUGCCUGUAAGAUUCAGGCAAUUUUAUUGCCACAAUUAAUGGAAAGAUUGAGAAUAGAGAAAAUAAGAAACUGGUAAAAGGUAUUUUUAAAUAAGAAAAUAGUAUCCUUUUCCCAGUGCUUCCAUAAUAAAGUUCCGCAAACUGUACUUAACAGUAGAAAUUUAUUGUGUCACAAGUCUGGAAGCUCAAGUUGUUGGCGGGGCCAUGAUUUCUCUGAAGGCUCUAGGGAAGGAUUUGUUCCAGAUCCCUCCUGGCUUCUGUUAGUUCCCUGGCUCGUGUCAAUAUAACUACAGUCUUUGCAUGGCAUCUCCCUAGCAUGCCUCUCUGUCCAAAUAUCCCCUUUGUGUAAUAAUAUCAGCCAUUUGGUUCAGGGGCUCACCCUACUCCAGGAUGACCUCAUCUUAAUUAAUUAUAACUGCAAAAAUCCUCUUUCCAAAUAUGGAAAUCUCAUAUUCUGAGAUGCUGAGAGUUAAGGCUACACUAUAUGUAUUUUGGGAGAACACAAUUCAGUGCAUAAGAAAUGGAGAGUUUCCCAUAAGAUUUUUCAGUCCACCUCUAGACUCUCCUAAGGUGCCUUUGGCCAGAGGUCUAAAGAGACCAAGUGAGAGUAUCAACUUUCAAACUGCUUUCUUGGGCCUGCACAGUCAGCACAGCCUUCUCCAUCAUGAGUGUCAAUCCCUCAGGGAGUUUAUUGGAUCAUAAAGAGUUAAGGUUAGAGGAUCAAUUUGUACUUGUUCAAGAGGGCAAGAACAUUUAUCUUAUUUUUUCUGUUUUUUACUAUUUAAUUUGCUGCUGAUUGAUUGU